GUCAUUGACCUGCAUGCAGACAUGUUUGAUUGAAGUCAUGAUUGAAUGGACGAGUUUUGAAUCCUUUUAAGUGAUUUUUUGGCAUUUAAGUCGCGUUUAAAUCGGUUUUAUACAGUUAACUUCCAAGGUUACGUCCUAUUGAACUUCUACCGGAUCCGCUUGCUGAAAAUGUCAACAAAAAGCGAGUCUGCCCCAUCAAGUGACCGCUGUUUCGCCUGCUUUUCCGCCACGGACGAAACGCUAUCGAUCCUACACGGCGAAACUGAGUUUAGCAUUGUCAGUCUGUUCGAGAAGCACUUCUGGUUCCGCCCGGAUGACUUCCGCGAGAAUCAGUUUCUCUGCCCGUCAUGCUGGAACCAGCUCGAGAGCUUUCACCGGUUCUAUCUGGUAGUGGAGCAAAAUCACCGGAUCAAAAGCGAACGCAAGCCUUCGCCGGAUCGGAUUGACGAGGGACAACUUCUGCCUCCGGUUGAGGUGAAGCUGGAGGAACUGGAUGUGAGCAGUGAACCGGAUGAUUCGAGCGACGAUGAGUUCAAACCAGACGACGAUCAGUCUGAGGAAGCCGAAACAAAGGUGGAAGAACCUCGCAAGAAGCGAAAGUACACCAAACGGAAAAAGCCGGGCGAUCCUCCGGCGCCCCCGAAAAAGCGCGGCAAAUACAAGAUAAAGAACGCCGAAGAGCUGGCACAGGAAGAUGAAUUUAUCAAAACUCACGUGAAAUAUAACUGUGAGUUUUGUAUGGAGGAUUGCUUCACAUUCACGGCGUACCAACGGCAUGUACUGGAUGAACAUGACUCUGACAAGGCUUACAUUACUUGUUGCGGGAAGAAAUACUACAAGAAGAAAGCUCUGCUGGAGCAUGUCCAGCGGUUGACGAACCCCGACAUGUUCCAGUGCGAUAUUUGCAAGAAAAGCUUUGUGAACUCUUACGGCAGACAGAAGCACAUGGAGGACGUGCACGUUCCGGACGAGCUGAAGAACUUUGCCUGCAACAGGUGCCCGAAACGGUUCAUGAAAGAAAGUCAGCUUGCUUACCAUCUCAAGGGUCAUGAAAACCUGGACAAAGGAGUGGCCAAGUGUCAUAUCUGUGAUAAAAGUUAUGCCACCGAAGCCCUGCUCAAAACCCACAUCAAAUCCAGCCACGAGCGACCAACCGAUUUCAUCUGCGACAUUUGCGCGAAAGGAUUCUUUUCCAAGACGGAAUUCGCCCGACACAAGCUGACUCACGAGCUGACCCCGGCUGAGCUACGACGCCAGUGCGACAUUUGCCAAAAGUGGCUCAAGAGCGAAGCCAACUGGAAGAAACAUCUGAUCCGCCAUAGGCACGGCCCGGUCAAGUGCAACCAGUGUGACCACGAAUCGCCCUCCAAGCACAGCCUUGCUGCCCACAAAAGAAACCGCCACGGGGCCCCCAACCCGGCGCUGACUUGCCAGGAGUGCGGAAAGCAGUUCAAGCGGAUAUUGAACCUACGCGAGCACAUGGUGAGCCACACCGGCGAAGGUGCGCUCUACUCGUGCUGUUUUUGCUCGCGGACGUUCAACUCGAGGGCGAACAUGUUUUCACACCGGAAGAAGAUGCAUCCGCAGGAGUGGCUGGAGCUGAGGACGGCCCAGCAAGCAUCGCAGUUUACUUGAAUAAUGAUUCGUUGAAA